UCCUCCCGUCCCUGACCCACCGCCGCAGCCGGGAGAAACGUGGGGGCCGCGUCACCUCGGGACGGGGGCCAGGAUGCCGAGCGAUGCCAGCCCCACACCGUGCCCACCCCGAGCUCCCCAAGGCUGGCACCGGAGCAGGGGUUCCCGUCCCAGCACAGCCCAGGAUGAGGUGUCCAGCUGGACCAGCCAUCUCCACGCGGCUCCAUGCAUUCCCAGAAGCCCCACCAAGGCCCUUGCUGGGAAGGACACCACAGCUGGAGCCAGCAGGGAUGCGCAGCAUCCGCAGGACAGCGGUGCCUCAGUUUCCCCUCGGGACGCUGCAGCGGGACCGGAGCGUGGGGGACCCAAGCGAGCAAGGAGGACCAGCAGCAGCCCCACACCGCGGCCGUGCCACCCCGGCUGCUCGCCCCCGGGCAUGUGGCUGCUCCGGCGCCAUGCAGGGCGGGCUCUGGGGUGGCUGGAGCCCAUCCCAGCCCCGUCACCGCACGCAAGCCGGAAAAGUUAAUUCACAGCCGUCGCAGACAGGGACUGCCCGAGUGUCCCGGGGCCGGGCACCCAGCAGGAGAAGAUGCCAGGCGGGAGCGUGUGGGCGCUGGUGCUGGCGCUGGCGCUGCCCAGCACCGGACAGCAGCACCUGGAGGAGGCCGAGCGCAUCAUGAGAACCACGCCGGUCAUCGAUGGGCACAACGAUCUGCCCUGGCAGCUCCUCCAGAAGUUCAACAACCAGCUGAGGCUGCCAGCAGCCAACCUGACAGUGCUGAACGACACCCACACCAACAUCCCCAAACUGCGCCAGGGGCACGUGGGCGGGCAGUUCUGGUCGGUGUACGUGCCCUGCGAGACGCAGAACAAGGACGCGGUGAGGCGCACGCUGGAGCAGAUGGACGUGGUGCAGCGCAUGUGCGACAUGUACCCCGAGACCUUCACCUGCGUCACCGACAGCAGCGGUGUCCGGGAGGCGUUCCGGAACGGGAAGGUGGCCAGCCUCAUCGGGGUGGAGGGCGGCCACUCCAUCGACAGCAGCCUGGGCGUCCUGCGCACCCUCUACCGCCUGGGUGCCCGCUACAUGACCCUCACCCACAGCUGCAACACCCCCUGGGCUGACAACUGGCUGGUGGACACCAACGAUGAAAAUCCUGUGCACCACGGCCUCUCACCCUUUGGGAAGAUGGUGGUGGAGGAGAUGAACCGCCUGGGCAUGAUCGUGGACCUGGCCCACGUCUCAGUGGACACGAUGAAGGUCGUGCUGAACAUCUCCAAAGCCCCCGUCAUCUUCAGCCACUCCUCUGCCUUCAGCCUCUGCCAGCACCGCCGCAACGUGCCCGACGACGUGCUGCAGCUGGUGGCCUCCACGGGCAGCUUGGUGAUGGUCAACUUCUACAACGCCUACGUGACCUGCAGUGACAAGGCCAAGCUGUCCGACGUCGCAGAUCACCUGGACUACGUGAAGAAGGUGGCCGGUGCCCAGGCUGUCGGCUUCGGGGGGGACUACGACGGAGUCCCAGGGGUCCCCACUGGCCUGGAGGACGUCUCCAAGUACCCCGCGCUGGUGGCCGAGCUGCUGGCGAGGAACUGGACGGAGGAGGAGGUGAAGGGAGCCCUGGCUGAGAACCUGCUGCGGGUCUUCAGCAGAGUGGAGGAGGUGAAGAGGAGCCUGCAGGGCAUGGCUCCCCACGAGACCCCCAUCGCCUUCGAGGAGCUGGAGGGGCCGUGCAGAACCAGCUACGGGUACUCCAACGGCGCCGGCACUGCCCGGGGCCCGCCGGCAGCCCUGGCGCUGGCGCUGGCACUGGCCCCGCUCCUCGCCGUGCUCUCCUAGCACCCGGCUGCCACCGUGGCCCUGGCACCGUGCCCAGGGCCGCCGGGCGGGGCACGAUCCUGCGCUCCUUUCUGCCAAACCUGCUGGCAAAAUAAAACCGUGGCUCGAGCAGUGCCGGCAGCGAGCGUCCGUGUGCGGCUCUGCGGGACCCCGCGCCACGGCCCGCCGGCUCCUGCCUGGAGAUGCUGGGACCCCCGGCAUGUCACCGGCCACCAGGCAUGCCACCGGCCACCCCGGCAUGCCACCGGCGGGGCAGAGCAGCGGGGUCCCCGC